GGCGCGGCUCCGCCCCACGGCGGAGUAAGGGGUGGGCUGUAGGGCCAGAUCGCCGCGCGAGGGUGGUGGGCAUCGAGGUCCCAGCAGCGGACGAGGGAGGUGCCGCCGCCGCCCAGGAUGGGCUGGGAAUGAAGCGAUGUAGCCUUUUAAGCACCCCCUCUGAGAGCUCAUUGGCUCAGAGGAGCAGACCAGGGACGAUGAGGAGCAGCUGUAGAAUGUUUCAAGAAACACGCAAAGCACUGGUUCACAUUAGUUAGCAGCAUGGAGCAGUCUGCAGACAGCAACAUCCUUCAAACAGCUUAUUUCUAAAGAGAUUUGCUCUGACCCAUCUGAAGUCCAUAUGGCUCUGUAUGAUGAAGACCUCCUGAAAAAUCCUUUCUAUCUGGCUCUGCAAAAGUGGCGCCCCGACUUAUGCAGCAAAGUGGCCCAAAUCCAUGGCAUUGUCUUAGUACCCUGCAAGGGAAGCCUGUCGAGCAGCAUCCAGUCUACUUGUCAGUUUGAGUCCUACAUUUUGAUACCUGUGGAAGAGCAUUUUCAGACCUUAAAUGGAAAGGAUGUCUUUAUACAAGGGAACAGGAUUAAAUUAGGAGCUGGUUUUGCCUGUCUUCUCUCAGUGCCCAUUCUCUUUGAAGAAACUUUCUACAAUGAAAAAGAAGAGAGUUUCAGCAUCCUGUGUAUAGCCCAUCCUUUGGAAAAGAGAGAGAGUUCAGAAGAGCCUUUGGCACCCUCAGAUCCCUUUUCCCUGAAAACCAUUGAAGAUGUGAGAGAGUUCUUGGGAAGACACUCUGAGCGAUUUGACAGGAACAUCGCCUCUUUCCACCGAACAUUCCGAGAAUGCGAGAGAAAGAGCCUCCGUCACCACAUAGAUUCAGCGAAUGCUCUCUACACCAAAUGUCUCCAGCAGCUUCUGAGGGACUCUCACCUGAAAAUGCUCGCCAAGCAGGAGGCCCAGAUGAGCCUGAUGAAGCAGGCAGUGGAGAUAUACGUCCAUCAUGAAAUUUAUGACCUGAUCUUUAAAUACGUGGGGACCAUGGAGGCAAGCGAGGAUGCUGCCUUUAACAAAAUCACAAGAAGCCUUCAAGAUCUUCAGCAGAAAGAUAUUGGUGUGAAAUCGGAGUUCAGCUUUAACAUACCUCGUGCCAAAAGAGAGCUGGCUCAACUGAACAAAUGUACCUCUCCACAGCAGAAGCUUGUCUGCUUGCGAAAAGUGGUGCAGCUCAUUACGCAGUCUCCAAGCCAGAGAGUGAACCUGGAGACCAUGUGUGCUGAUGAUCUGCUAUCAGUCCUGUUAUACUUGCUUGUGAAAACGGAGAUCCCUAAUUGGAUGGCAAAUUUGAGUUACAUCAAAAACUUCAGGUUUAGCAGCUCGGCAAAGGAUGAACUGGGAUACUGCCUGACCUCAUUCGAAGCUGCCAUCGAAUAUAUUCGGCAAGGAAGCCUCUCUGCUAAACCCCCUGAGUCUGAGGGAUUUGGAGACAGGCUGUUCCUUAAGCAGAGAAUGAGCUUACUCUCUCAGAUGACUUCGUCUCCUACCGACUGCCUGUUUAAGCACAUUGCAUCAGGUAACCAGAAAGAAGUGGAGAGACUUCUGAGCCAAGAGGACCACGAUAAAGAUGCCGUCCAAAAGAUGUGUCACCCUCUCUGCUUCUGCGAUGACUGUGAGAAACUCGUCUCUGGGAGGUUGAAUGAUCCUUCAGUUGUCACUCCAUUCUCCAGAGACGACAGGGGGCACACCCCUCUCCAUGUGGCUGCUCUCUGUGGGCAGGCAUCCCUCAUCGACCUCCUGGUUUCCAAGGGCGCCGUGGUAAAUGCCACAGACUACCACGGGGCCACUCCGCUCCACCUGGCCUGUCAGAAGGGCUACCAGAGCGUGACGCUGCUGCUGCUGCACUACAAAGCCAGCGCGGAAGUGCAGGACAACAACGGGAAUACGCCACUCCACCUGGCCUGCACCUACGGCCACGAGGACUGUGUGAAGGCUCUGGUUUACUACGACGUGGAGUCGUGCAGACUUGACAUUGGCAAUGAGAAAGGAGACACCCCUCUACACAUUGCUGCCCGCUGGGGCUACCAAGGCGUCAUAGAGACAUUGCUGCAGAACGGAGCGUCCACCAAGAUCCAGAACAGACUGAAGGAGACGCCCCUAAAGUGUGCAUUAAACUCAAAGAUUCUGUCUGUAAUGGAAGCCUAUCACCUGUCCUUCGAGAGGAGGCAGAAGUCGUCCGAGGCCCCUGUGCAGUCCCCGCAGCGCUCCGUGGACUCCAUCAGCCAAGAGUCUUCCACUUCCAGCUUCUCCUCCAUGUCAGCCGGCUCAAGGCAGGAGGAGACUAAGAAGGACUACAGAGAGGUAGAAAAACUUUUAAGAGCAGUUGCUGAUGGAGAUCUAGAAAUGGUGCGUUACCUGUUGGAGUGGACAGAGGAGGACCUGGAGGAUGCGGAGGACACUGUCAGUGCAGCGGACCCCGAAUUCUGUCACCCAUUGUGCCAGUGCCCCAAGUGUGCCCCAGCUCAGAAGAGGCUGGCGAAGGUUCCUGCCAGUGGGCUUGGUGUGAACGUGACCAGCCAGGACAGCUCCUCCCCGCUGCAUGUCGCCGCCCUGCACGGCCGGGCGGACCUCAUCCCCCUCCUGCUGAAGCACGGGGCCAACUCGGGUGCCAGGAACGCAGACCAAGCCGUCCCGCUCCACCUGGCCUGCCAGCAGGGCCACUUUCAGGUGGUGAAGUGUCUAUUAGAUUCAAAUGCAAAACCCAAUAAGAAGGACCUCAGUGGAAACACGCCCCUCAUUUACGCCUGCUCCGGUGGCCAUCACGAGGUUGCGGCACUGCUGCUACAGCAUGGAGCCUCCAUUAACGCUUCUAACAAUAAGGGCAACACAGCACUGCACGAGGCUGUGAUUGAAAAGCACGUCUUCGUGGUAGAGCUGCUUCUGCUCCACGGAGCAUCAGUUCAGGUGCUGAACAAGCGGCAGCGCACGGCUGUAGACUAUGCUGAACAGAAUUCAAAAAUAAUGGAAUUGCUUCAGGUGGUACCAAGCUGUGUUGCUUCAUUAGAUGAUGUGGCUGAAACCGACCGCAAGGAGUAUGUCACUGUUAAGAUCAGGAAAAAAUGGAACUCAAAACUGUACGAUCUACCAGAUGAGCCUUUUACAAGACAGUUUUACUUUGUCCACUCAGCUGGUCAGUUUAAGGGAAAGACUUCAAGGGAGAUUAUGGCAAGAGAUAGAAGUGUCCCUAAUUUAACCGAAGGUUCUUUGCAUGAGCCAGGGAGGCAAAGUGUCACACUGAGACAGAAUAACCCGCCAGCUCAGAGUGGAUCUCAUGCUGCUGAGAAAGGCAACAGCGACUGGCCGGAGAGGCCUGGACUGACACAGACUGGCCCUGGACACAGGCGGAUGCUGCGGAGACACACGGUAGAGGAUGCGGUCGUGUCCCAGGGCCCGGAGGCUGCUGGCCCCCUCCCCACUCCCCAAGGGGUUAGUGCUUCCCGGUCCUAACAGGAAUGAGGAGUUGAACCCACUGUCAGGAAGCAAGGAUGCAACAAGAUGCUGAGUGUGAACACAUCUGAGGACUAACUGUGCUUCCAUGAAACUGGCUUGAGAAGUCUUCAGCACCAAGUUCCUGAAAGCUUUUCUGUGGCAGGAAAGAAUGCAACAAAAAAGUUAACCACCACCAUCUCUCUCCUCUUCAAAGCGAAUGAAUACACUUGAAACAGACAAAAAUUCCAGUAGCAUCCAGAUCCUUAAGCCAGAGGUGCAUGCUUCUUUUUAAGUAUGAGGGUUUGUUGGUCACAGUGGGAGAGGUUUCACCACCACAUUCUGACCUCCUCCUCCUCCCAAAAGGUGCUAAACCUCUCUGACCUGUGUACAUUCACAAACCACAGCUAGAAUUCCUCCACCUGGGAUUAAGCUGGAGAGAAGUAAUUUAGGUUUCAUGGUACUGUGGAGGCCAGGCUGAAAUGUCAUAUCUGAAGGAAGAAAGCAGCAGCUGGACAACGUUUCUUUGCAAAGCAACACUCGAACCAAAAGAUGCCUCAAUCCCAUUUUGAUGUUCAUUUUAGUGAAAGGAUGCAUCAGACCUGUUCCACAUCAUGCAUAUGGGAAAGGGUGGUUAUCAUUUUCCUUCUAACAAGUAGGUACAGAUAUUCGGUUACUACACGUGCACCUGUAGCAGUGUUUCUAGAAACAUCCCUUUUUGUUGAGAACCUCCCUUGAAUGUCACACUCACACCUGACGGGAUGGUUACUGGAUUAGUGAGUAGAUUUGGCACAUCUUAGUCUUUUGAUUCAAAUUCAAAACUUAACAGCACAAACCAGGUCAAAGUUACUUUCGUUUAGAAUUUAUUGCCAUUUAUUCCUUUUUAUAAAUUUCUAUAGAUUAUACUGUUAUUUUUAUGUUAUUGGCCUAGAGCUACACGUAUAUGGGUUUGUCCUGAGUCCAUUUUCAAAUCACCUUGUAAUAGGGAAAUGGUUUUGUCCAUGUUCGUGGAAAUACUUGUGUAUGUACAGAAGGGAGGGAUUAUUUUUCUACAAAGUAAUUUAUGAUUUCUAAUUUUCUAAUGUGCCUUGGAUAUGUGCCAAAUGAUGGAAAAGAAACAGUAAACUUUAUGAUUCUUGA